AUGUCCUCGCCAACCCUCGUAAUCCGUCCCGCCCUCUCCUCAGACCUUCCCCUCAUCCCUCAGAUUGAAUAUCAAGCCGGUCAGAUCUUUCGCGUCGUGGACAUGGACGCCAUUGCGGACGAUGCGCCUCCAACCAUAGACUCACUUGCUCACUACGCCUCGACCGGCCGCCUUUGGGUAGCAGUCUCCUGCUCCGACUCCGCCGCGCCAAUCGCGUACUUGACCGCCGACCUUCUCGCAAGCGACGGCCUAGCCCAGGUCGCGCAAGUGACGGUAUUGCCUGAGCAUGCCAGGAGAGGCAUCGGCGCGAGCUUGCUACGGUACCUGGAGCUUUGGGCGCGGGAGAUGAAGCUGAGGGGAGUGAGUCUAACGACGUUUAAGGACGUGCCGUGGAACCGGCCAAUGUAUGAGCGGUUGGGGUACAGGACUCUCGGGGACGAGGAGCUGCAGCAAGAGGGACUUAGGGGUUUGAGGGGUCUGGUAGAGGAAGAGGGCAGGAACGAAGUGCUGAAGAGGUGGCCGAGAUGCGCGAUGGUCAAGAUGUUCACUGGAUGA